CUCCCUCUCAAAACUCAUCUUUCACUAAUCGUCCUCAAUUUCUCCAAUUUCUUUCUCUCUCCUAAACCUAAAAAUAAAAAUAAUAAAAAUGGGAUUUCCAGCAGGUUACUCAGAAGUACUCCUCCCUAAACUCCUCAUUACUACUCUCUCUUUUCUCGGCUUCUUCGGUAACCUCAUCCUCUCUCUGCUCCGCCUAUUGGGCCUAUCCUCCUUCAUCGAACCGGGUUUUCAUGAACCUGACCAACCCGAAUCCGGUCCGCCCCAAUCUAUCUCUUCGGCUGCAGCCCUCAUCCGGGAAAUGCUCCCUGUGUUAACUUACGCCGAAAUUAUUGCUUCAACCGGGCCGGAAAAUGAGCCCGAUCAGGCCGAGAGUUGCGCCGUCUGCUUUUAUGAGUUCGAGGAGGAAGAUGAGAUCCGACAGAUGAGAAACUGCCGACACAUGUUUCAUAGCUGUUGCGUAGACCGUUGGAUUGAUCAUGAUCGGAAAACAUGCCCACUUUGUAGAAUGCCUUUUGUUCCUGAAGAAUUGCAGGAAGAUUUUAAUGAGAAGCUUUGGGCUGCAUCUGGAAUUCCUGAUUUUUAUUCUGAAUAUUCACCCAUUACUAAUUUCUAGUAGACAACUCAAAUUCUCAAAACAAAAGGAAAAAAAAAAGUAAAUAGUACUUUUCUUUUCUUUUCUACUGGCUAACUUUUGUGCUGGAAUUUUUAGAUUGAUUUAUUAAGGUUAGAUAGGUGUUGGAUCGUAGAAGAUGUACAUAUUACUGAAUCUUUACAAUGAAAACAAAAUUAAAGUGGAAAAUAAUCGAAACAUUCUGUUUUUGGUUAGAUUAAUUUUUGUUAAUGAUUGAAGGAUAUUGGUGGUAAUUGUCUUU